AUGCCCUCUCAAGAGAAGGGCCUUAAGAAGCUCUUUCACCCCUUCAACCAUCGCGCCUCUGAAAAGAUAGAGGAGAUCGAGCAGAAACUUGAGCACACCAAACUGCGAGGUGCGCAUAUCAAGGCCGUGCAUGUGAAGCAUAAGAUUGGCAAAUUUACCAACCUCUUCAACGCCAACCAUCGCCAUGACGAAGAGCAUGAGAAGCAAACAGAUGCGAAGAGGAGUAAGAUUGCAGAGAACCACCGGUUCCAGAGUUUUGCACCGGAGCGAGAUAGUAACUUGGUGAAGUGGUAUGUAGAUGGCAGGGACUACUUCUGGGCCGUUGCCGAGGCAUUGGAGCAGGCCAAAGAGACCAUUUACAUCGCAGACUGGUGGCUCAGCCCUGAGCUCUUCCUAAAGCGACCGCCAUACUACAACCAGCAUUUUCGGUUGGAUCAGGUGCUCAAGCGACGUGCCGCGGCUGGUGUGAAGAUCUAUAUUUCCGUGUACAAGGAGGUUUCUGCAGCCCUCACGUGCAACAGUCAGCAUACCAAGAAAGCACUGAUGGGCCUCUUUGAAGAGGGCGAACCUGGAUACGGAAACAUCAAGGUAAUGAGACAUCCCGAUCACAAUGUCUUCGAGAACGCCUCAGAUAUGACAUUCUAUUGGGCACAUCACGAAAAGUUUAUUGUCAUCGACUAUGCUAUGGCCUUUAUUGGUGGACUGGACUUGUGUUACGGACGAUGGGACGAGAAGCAACAUCCGCUUUCCGAUGCGCACCCCUCUGGUGUACAAAAUCAGAUCUUCCCUGGUCAGGAUUACAACAACAACCGUAUCAUGGAUUUUGAGAGUGUUCAGGACUGGAAAUCUAACAAGCUGAACAAGCUCGAGUACGGUCGCAUGCCAUGGCACGACGUGGCUAUGGGCGUUAUUGGUCCGGCGGUGUACGACAUCGCUGAACAUUUCGUCCUGCGAUGGAACUUUGUGAAGCGAGAAAAGUACAAGCGUGACGAAAGAUAUGACUGGCUUACCAUGGAAGGUCGAGAAGGCGCUGACGAAGAUCUGAUCGGAGUGCAGAGGCCCAAGUUUCCUGUGGGUGAAUACGUGCACCAUCCCAUCACUCAGCUGAACAGCAAAAAUCUCGACAAUCGCGGUACCGUACAUGCACAAUUAAUCCGAAGUAGCGGAGACUGGAGCAUGGGUAUCGAUCCUCAUGAGCAGAGUAUCCAGAACGCAUACUGCGAGCUCAUCCGCAACGCGAAACACUAUGUUUACAUUGAGAAUCAAUUCUUCAUCACGGCGACGGGAAAAAAUGAUACGAACCCUGUCCAUAACCAGAUUGGAGCUGCGAUGGUUGAUGCAGUGGUAUCAGCAGCCAAGGAGCAGCGCAACUUUAGACUGAUCAUUGUCAUCCCGGCUAUUCCAGGAUUCGCAGGAGACCUGCGAGAUCAAGCUGCUGCCGGAACACGCGCCAUCAUGGAUUAUCAAUUCAAGAGCAUCUGUAGAGGGGAUGAAAGCAUCUUCGGAAGAGUCAAAGCGGCCGGUGUCGACCCCGAAAAGUACAUCUUCUUUUUCAACCUACGUUCGUACGACCGCAUCAACGUCACACCCACGCUUAAGGAGCGUGAGAAGAAGUCCGGCAUGACGUACAUGGAGCUUGAAGCAGCUGAAAUCGAUGAGCUGGAAGCAUCACCGGAGGAAGGAGGAGAGGAGGCACGUCGUAAAGCGGCUGAGUUGAGGAAGGCAUAUAUGAGCGAGUCUGAAGACGUAGGCAAAGGUGAUCAGGGCGGUGUCAUUGAUCCUGAUUCGAUUGCCGACGACGCCAUGCUUACGGAAAAGAAGCCCAGUGAAGAAGAUUGGGAAGGUGAAGAGGAAGACGAAAAGGAGCACUUCUUCCAAGAGGAGCUCUACAUCCACGCCAAAAUCUGCAUCGUUGAUGACAGGACCGUUAUCUGCGGUUCUUCCAACAUCAAUGACCGCUCCCAAUUAGGCUUCCAUGAUUCAGAACUCUCGAUUGUCUUGCAGGAUACGGACGAGAUCGAUACGGAGAUGGAUGGCAAGCCUUACAAAGCUGCACGCCUUGCCCACCAACUUCGCAGCAGCUUAUGGCGCGAACAUCUCGGCCUACUCCCACCCCAGUCCCUCAAUGCCGCAGAUGACCCCAACGCGCAACCGCCUGGCGAGAAAUCGCCGAACGAUCCCAUGCCCGGCCCCGAAGCUGACUUUGUCUCCGAUCCCUUGUCAUCCAAACUAUGGGACGAGUGGACCGAGCGCGCAACCACCAAUACCGAGGUGUUCAGGUCUUUGUUCCACGCCGAUCCCGAUGACAGUAUCCUUACGUUCGAAGACUAUGAUAAGUUUACCCCUAAUCCUUCGGGCGACAAGGAGCAUAAGCAGGGGCACUUGUACGACAUGGUCAGGCCUGUCAAGGAGAUUAGAGCGGAACUGGAUCGCGUGAAGGGGCAUCUAGUGUGGAUGCAGUUGAAGUUCCUUGAGAAUGCUGAUAUGGCUGAACGGGGACUGCAGGUGAACUCCUUCACGGAAAGUGUUUACACAUGA